AUUAAACACUUGAAAAUUGCGUUUGACGUGUUAUCUGAAGGAUGUGAAUUUAAAACGUCGUCUGUGCGUAAUGGCACACGGGAUUGUAAAUUUCGCUGGAUUAGAGUCUGGGAUUACGGAAAGGUUUAGAGUGGAUGCAUAAGAAGACCUGGGGUGGGGACCUGGAAAGAAUCAUAGUUCAGGAUACAAACCAAUGCUGUUGCUGCGCUCUGGCAACCCCUCCAGUUUCCCCCCUCCCGAACCUCCUCCUCCUCCUCCUUCAUCGCCUCUCACCAUCUCGGACUCAGUUUCCGCUUCGCACAGUUUGGUCACUGAUGAGCAGUGAAGAGCUGGAGAGCGAGCGCGCAGGAAAGAGAGGGAGCUGACCAAACAGAGAGGAGGGGAGAAGGAGGUGUUGGACCGGCUCCACUGGGACUUUACUUCAACCUGGUGCUAAAUGCUAUCGCCAGGCUCACAAAACAGGACUCCUUGUGGUAAAAUGCUCAAUAAGUCGGCGAGCAGUGCCUCGUAGCUGUCACUGAGGACCCAGUGCUUGGAAGGCAAAAACUGAGAGACACAAUCGGGAAGCGAGGAUUGAUGGGGAGUCUGAAAAAAACGCCCGGAUUAUCUGAUUUCAUCUUUUGAGCGGAAAACUGUGGUUCUCUGCUCAUUAUUUCGACGUGAUUUUGUUUUUAGCUGGGUCUGAGAUUUUCCGAGCUCCGAUCAUGGCAGACCAAGAGGAGACUUUUGUCCUCCAAAACUCCCCAGGAAGUUCUGAUACGAGGGAAAUACAGAGCGAUAAUAAACCAGAAAAACAGAACGGGACGUCCAGUAAAUCCCCAUCCUCACAGACAACCUACAUUCAGCAGGGAAUGGAAGGAAUUAAAGUGUACUUGCACGAGAGGGAGCUGUGGAUGAAGUUUCAUGAAGUGGGCACGGAAAUGAUCAUUACCAAAGCAGGCCGGAGAAUGUUCCCCAGCUUCAAAGUCAAGGUGACUGGCCUGAAUCCCAAAACUAAAUAUAUUCUUCUUAUGGAUGUUGUUCCUGCGGACGAUCAUCGAUACAAAUUCGCUGAUAAUAAAUGGUCUGUGACCGGGAAGGCAGAGCCCGCCAUGCCCGGGAGGCUCUACGUUCACCCGGAUUCUCCCGCCACGGGGGCGCAUUGGAUGAGGCAGCUCGUUUCCUUCCAGAAGCUGAAACUGACCAACAACCAUCUGGACCCGUUCGGACACAUCAUCCUGAACUCGAUGCACAAAUAUCAGCCGAGGAUUCACAUCGUGAAGGCGGAUGAGAAUAACGGCUUUGGUUCCAAAAACACGGCCUUCUGCACUCACGUAUUCCCGGAGACGGCCUUCAUUGCGGUCACAUCCUAUCAGAACCACAAGAUCACCCAGCUGAAGAUUGAGAACAACCCCUUCGCAAAAGGCUUCAGAGGAAGUGAUGAUAUGGAAUUGCACCGGAUGUCCAGAAUGCAAAGCACAAAGGAGUAUCCUGUGGUACCUCGCAGCACCGUGAGACAAAGGGUCGGCUCCAGCCAGAGUCCAUUUAGCGGGGACAUCCAGGGCAUGGCCACACCCGGCACCCUGAGCUCCCAGUACUCCCACUCUGAGAAUGGGGUCACAAGCACCUCACAGGACAUGCUGCCUCAGUCGGGCUCCUACCCUUUGCCACAUGAACACAGUCAAGAGUACCACUGCAUCAAAAGAAAAGUGGAGGAUGACUGUCACUCAGGUGAGCACAGCUAUAAGAAAGCCUUUUUGGAAAGUUCUUCCAGCGAGGAUGACCAUUACUACAGGCCUGUCGGCUACACCCAAAGCCUCAGUCUUGCCAGUGGGCCCUACCGCAGUGAAUCCAGCCAGCGCCAGGCCUGUAUGUAUGCCAGUGCUUCACAAGGCACUGAACCCGUUCCCAGUUUGGAGGAUAUCAGCUGCAACACUUGGGCCAGCGUGUCUCCAUAUGGCAGUUGUUCUGUUACGACCAUGCAGCCGAUGGAAAGGCUGCCAUACCAGCACUUCUCCGCUCAUUUCACCUCAGGGUCUCUGGUUUCCAGACUAGGAGGAGUGGGAGGCCACACCUCCCCGCAGCUCGGCGAUGGGCACCAUGCAGCUAUGUACCAGGGCUCCAUGACCCACCAAACUCUUGGCCGUCAGUGUAGUCCUGUGACUGGGAUCCAGACGCCGACAACUGGCCUGCAAGGAAACGAGUACCUUUACACACAUGGCAUAUCACGCACACUAUCACCACAUCAGUACCAUUCUGUACACAGUGUCAGCAUCAUGCCAGAGUGGAGUGAGAACAGUUAAAUCUUCUUUUGUGUCACUUCUGGAAAAUGUAAAUAGGGAGAACACAAGAAGGACCAAAACAAGCUGGGUAUAGGUGCAUUUAUAUUCAUAUUUAUGGUUUAAGAACAUGUUGCCAAUUACCUUAAAACAACAAGUGUUCAUUUAUAACAAUGGUUAUUCAUAGAUUGACUUGAAAAGGAGGCACCUCAUCCAUUAAAGAGUUAUGGCAGCAUCUCCACCAAACAGAGGAGAUCAGAAAGAGACUCCUUCCAAUGAUUGGCUAGAAUUCUCCGUGUUGACUAUGUUGUUGUUUUCAUUGGAGAGAUGUCGUGAGCAGUGAACACAUUUUUAGUUUUUUCAUUAAGUUUAAAACCUUUGCUUCAUGUUCAAGUCUGGAAUUUGAGGAAAGGAGUAUGUUUGUCUUCUGUCACGUAACAAGUCCUAGGUCUCAUAUUCUUUUUAUGUUUUGUAGUUUAUUUGCCUUAUGAAAGUAGAAGAAGUUCAGAAAGAAAGGGUAAAAGAAGAAGCAGAUGUGCUCUUUUGUGGUUUUUGGUGACCGUGCUUGCUUUCAAACCCUCCCAGAAAAGGGACUUCAUUCCUUCCUUUUUUUAAGUUGCUCUUUUUAUUCUAAUGCAAUAGAAUCACAAUGGCAAACCAACAGCACAGCAUUUCCUCUUUCAGCUUGUUUUUUCUGACUUUCUCAGUAAGUAAAACAAAUUCAAUGUAAAAACCAAGAAUUAAGAUAAAAAUGAAAAAAAAAGCACACCGCCUUAAAGAGUAACAACAUGUUCCCUUUAACAGGAGGGUUUCUGUGCUGAUGUGAGGCCUGUGUGGCCUCUGUGCCUUUUGAGAACAUUUUGGCACAUUUAGGAAACAAAUAUAGUUUUUAUAAGCAAAUCUUUGGCCUAACUUUUUAUUUACUAAAUUGUUGCAUGCAUUCUGUUUUAAAUUGGCAGCAGAUUUCUUGCUGGAGCCCUGACAUAGUUAAAUUUGGUUUUCUUCCUUUGGAAAUGAAUUGCUGGGCAUGAACUGAAUGUUUGACCUAAACCAUGGUUACCUAAUAUUGACCCUAAAUUAAAGCAGCUGUCUAAUAUAAUUUUGUUGUGUUGCUUUGAACUUCAGUGCUCCCAGGCUACUCAGAUAACCACAUUAUUCUACUGUGCAGCUACAUCUUAUUCCUGCUAUUGUGUAUACAUGCCUGUUGUAAUUGUGUGCAAAGAACCCUUUGCAUCGCCAUAAUACUGCUUAUGUCUUUAACAAGCAAAAUAAUUUGGGAAUUUGAUUAAAGACAUUAUUUUUUAUUACGAAAGCAAGAAAAAAAAUCAGAAAAUGAUACAAAAUCCAUAAUCAAUAUUCAAACUUGAGCUGAUCUUCUUUUUCUGUAAAUAAGCUUCGAUAUUAUGUGUUCGUUGAAACAAGACCUCAAUUCUACAAUAAAUUAUCAGCGAUCAUUGUGUGGAUAAUAGGCAGUAUUGUGUCUACUAGGCUGUUUACAAGUUUUUUUCUUUCUUAGCCUUCAUUGCAAAAAGUAUUGCUACAUAAAGACAUGUGAAUGAGAAGGGAAAUGUACUGUAGGAGAACUUCAAAUCCAGAAUGCAGGUAUAACCUUUUCUUUGUCUUUUUUUGGUAUUUUUGACGUUGCCUUUGAAUUGUUGCUAAAGAUAUAAAAUUGAACCCAUGCUCAGUCUUAACAGAUGUAAUUAUUUACGCGACAAAGGGAAAUAAGGCCUCUUUUUCUGCUCAAGCCAAAUUUUACUAAAAGUCUAUGAAUACUAAUUGAAGCAACUCCAGCUCUUGAAAUGUCUUGCAAAGUCAUGAAAUUGUAUCCUUUGAAUAUUACCAAUGUGUAUUGGUAAUAUUACAAAUAUUACCUCUUUUUUGCAUUAGGUAACUGUUUAAAUUUUAAAUCCAAACUGGAACGUUCAUGGUUCAACUACUAAUUUGACAAAUUAUAUUGUGCACCUGAAGCACCAUUCCUCAAUUUAGCACGAGCAAAAAAAUCAAGUUUAUUCAGUGUCAUGUGCUAACCUGCAAAUGUAUGUGCUUUGACAUGUUGUUAGUUUGUUUUCCAAAUGGCACUUCAUGGCAUCAAUUAUUUCAUAAAGAAAGAGGUCACCAUGUAGCCAAUUCUAAAGAGGAAAGGUCAUUUAUUUGAUACACAUAAAAAAAUUAAAUGUCAUUUUGACCAUGCAGAUAGCUGCACGCCAGAGGAGUCUUUCACGUGCACAAAUCUUUAAGUGCUCGUAGUUUAUAGAAUGUUAUUUGUUAAUAGUAUUUAUUUUUCAAUUAUGUAAAUCUGCCUGUUCUUUUAUAUAGCAAAGAUAGAUUGUUUCAUUUCUUUUUUAUAGCCUGCUUUGUAUUGUUUGUAUAGGAUUUUCUAAGCAUACUUACGCAGAAGACAACAGAUUCCUAUACAGCUGUCAAAGUGAAACACACAACUGUGUAAAUAAACAUGUACAUAACAGAAUAUCUGCAAUAAAUGUAAAACAUUUUA